AUGGUUUCACCUUUAUCUCCACCUUCAUUUUCCAUUCUCUUUUUUCUCUUAUCAAUAUUUUUAACAACGGUUUCAUCUCUCACAUGUUCGACUCAGAAACUCACCGGAACAAUAACCUACCCUAACUGCCUCGACCUCCCCGUACUCAAUGCCUUCCUCCAUUACACCCACGACCCGCAAAACUCCACGCUCUCGGUCGCCUUCAUCGCGUCUCCACCGACUCCAGCCGGUUGGGUUUCCUGGGGAAUAAACCCAACCGGGGUAGGAAUGGCGGGGGCGCAGGUGAUCGUGGCGUUCAAGAAUGACACCGCGAUGGCGAUGAAAACGUUGAACCUUAAAUCUUAUAGUGAGAUUAUACCUGGGAAGCUGUCGUUUGAUGUUUGGGACAUGAAAGCCGAGGAAGAUGGUGGCGGUUUUAUGAAGAUUUUUGCGACGGUUAAGGUUCCGGUUAAUGUUAACGCCGUUAAUCAUGUUUGGCAAGUGGGGCCCUCCGUAUUUGCAGGAAUGGUGGGUCCGCAUGAGUUUAGUCCACCGAAUUUGAAUUCUAAAGGAAGGCUUAGCUUGAAUGGAGCAGCAGAGGUUUCUGAUGUUCCUCUGGAUUCUGCCACCAAAAAGAAAUAUAUUCAUGGUUUAUUAAACACAGUGAGUUGGGGAAUUUUGUUUCCCCUUGGAGUAAUCAUGGCAAGAUAUGUGAAAACUUUCCCAUCAGCUGAUCCAGCUUGGUUCUACCUUCAUGUUAGUUGUCAAUUAUGUGCUUAUGUUCUUGGAGUUGCUGGUUGGGCAACUGGCAUGAAACUUGGAAGUGAAUCAGAAGGGAUUACUUUCAGUAUUCAUCGUAAUGUUGGAAUUACCCUCUUUUGUCUUGCAACUAUACAGGUAUUUGCAUUGUUUUUGAGGCCAAAUAAGGAUCACAAAUACAGAUUUUACUGGAACAUCUAUCACCAUAGUUUCGGAUACACAAUAAUCAUCCUUGGAAUCCUCAACAUAUUCAGAGGCUAUGAGAUGCUAGGCCCUGACCACAAAUGGAAAUCAUCUUACAUGACAGUGAUAAUUGCAUUGGCCGUAAUUGCCUUAGUGUUGGAAGCUAUCACAUGGAGUGUUGUGAUGAAAGGAAAGUGUAAAAACUACAAUAAAACCUAUGAUGGACAAACAAGGGAACAUAAUCCUGAUGAAUGA